AUGGACCUAUUCAACUCUGCUCUUGGCAGAAAUAUCACCUUUAUCCGUCCUGCAUAUUUCAUAAUAAGUGGAUUUAUUGAUAUUCCUUAUAUGCAGUAUUACUAUGUUUUUCUUUGUUUUGUCUAUAUCGCUUCAGUCCUUGGAAACACAGCAGUGAUGGUUGUAAUCUACCUGGAUCAUAGCCUCAGAACUCCUAAAUAUGUUGCAGUUUUUAACCUUGCACUUGUGGAUCUGUUAAGUAGCACUUCUCAGGUGCCGAAGGUGCUCGACAUCUUUUUGUUUAACCACUUUUCCAUCCCCUAUAUUGACUGCUUGAUGUUCUUUUUUUUCUGCUAUUCGUUGCUCUCACUUCAGGCUCUUAACCUGCUUGCUCUCUCCUACGACCGGGUGGUGGCUAUCAUGUAUCCUCUGCACUAUCAAAGAAAGAUUACCAACAGAUUUAUGUUUAGUCUGAUAGCUUUUUUCUGGUUAUUUGCUAUAGUUGCUAUUCUCACAGCAGUUGGUCUUCUCACACGACUCUCCUUCUGUAAUUCAGUGGUGAUUAACAGCUAUUUCUGUGAUCAUGGUCAGAUAUACAGGCUUGCAUGCAAUGACACUUUUCCCAGUUAUGUCAUUGGUUAUGUGUUACCAUGCCUUAUUCUAUGGGUUCCUCUUUUACUCAUUUUAUGUAGUUAUCUUUGUAUCGGCUAUGCUUUGGCUAAAGUAGCAUCAGGUAAAGAAAGAGCAAAGGCACUGAAAACCUGCACAGCUCACAUUUCAUUAGUGAUUAUGUAUUUUGUCCCUUUUUUAACCACAUAUACUAUUGGUGCACAAAUACAUCCCAAUGCCAGGAUCAUAAACAUGUCACUUGCUUCGGUUUUACCUCCCAUGUUAAAUCCAAUCAUUUAUGUUUUACAAACACAAGAAAUCAAAAAUUCAUUGAAGAAAUACAUCGGUAAGAGUUCGUGUGUUGUUCCAACAUCAACUCCGAAGGAAUUUCCUGUUUUGGUCUCUGCCUGCUUCCAACAGGAAGUCUCCACUCACAGUUUCCACAGAGAGACGUGCUACCAAAUAUGGUCUGGUUCUCGCCUGUUUACUGUUGAAUGUUCAAAGGCUGUGAGCUAUAAGAAGGGGACCACUUGUGAUGGUCUGGGUCUUUUUCGGCUAAUAACAGAAAAUGCCCACACAUUGGCACCCCAGAUGGGUGAACAGCGAGGGCUUUCCGUGGUGUCCCUUGGCUCCUGUCCAGUGGCUGAGGCCCGAACUAAGGGCCCAGAUCCUUCCUCUUGGACGGUCAGAGAUGAAAAUGACCGGAGUGUAGGCCUGGGGACCUGA